AUGGUUUCCACGCUUGUGCUUACUUGCUGUCCUCCGGAGCAAGCCCAUUUCUCAGCGUCUGAAAACGAGGCGUUGGAAGGAAAGACUGAGGUGACGAAGGAGGCGAAUGGCAACGAGCCAGCCGCGUCAACUCGAGGGCUGCCCGACGAAACCCUGGAGCAGCCGGAAGCAGCCACAACGGCAGCAGAAACCACCACAGAAGCCGAGCAUCGCCUGUCGGAAGGCCUGGAAACCACAGAAAAGCCAGAACAGAUGCUCUUCGGCAGCAAGGAUACAGUGAAGGAAGACCCCUUCGAUAACGAUAACAGCACCGACACAUCAGAGGAAGAGGACCCCUGGAGUGGCACGAAGGCGCCGAAGGAGGAGCAGCAGCAUUCAGGGGGCAGCCCCGCAGCACCAGAAGCAGACGCGGCGACUGCUACGACCACGGUCCCGGAGUCCAAAGAGAACACAAACAGCGAUGGUGGCGAAAACAUCGUCACCACAUCAGGAGCACCUGCUACAGAGCCUGAAGGUCCAGAAAUCUCAGAGCAGCCUCCGGGUGUCAGCACCGAAGCGCCAGAAGCAGACAUGGCAACGACCAGAACCCCGGAGCCCAGUGCCACCAGAGAAGCGAAUCCUGAAAGCACGGUGGCUGUCAGCACAUCGGAACAUGCUUUGGAGCCAGAGGGUCCAGGCCUCUUGCCACAGCCCGGGCCCACCCAGACAAAGGGAGCGUUCAACAGCAAAGGCGCAGCAACAGACACGGACACGAUCACCGAAGAGACGACAACGACAACAACAAGCACAGACGCAAGUGAUGCAGAGAUGCCAUCCGACGACUCGGUGCAGAAGCUGGAAGCUCCACAAUCCACAACAUCAACACAGGUUGCUCAAAAGGAGUCUGAGAAUCACCAGGAGGCAACUACACGAAGAACGGUCCCAGAGCAGCAAACAACCACCACAGCAGAAACCAUUCCUACUUUGAGCCAGACCCCUCACGAAGACGAUGCCGAGGCGGAGGCAGCAGAGACAGCACUGCUGACGUCGGAGUGA